AUGCCCAAAGUGCAGAAGCUUCACGAUGCGUGCCGAGCCGCUUUUGUUGGCUCGCAACUACCCGACGCACAAGCGUUACAACGGGUCCGGACCAUUCUAGACGCGAUCCGCCCGGCGGACGUAGGGCUAGAGGCCAUGGCGGCGGGGGCGGCAGGGGCGGAGGGCUCCCCUGUCAGAGCGGCACCCGGGGCGAAAGGGGGAGGCGGGCGGGGGGGGAAAGGGGGGGCGCGCGGGCAGGAUAGCCGGAGACCAGGGCCAGCGCCGGCGGCGGCGGCGGCGGCGGUGGUGGCUUCGGGGGGAAAGCAGGCGCGGUGGUCUCCCGCCAUCACGUACCUGCACGUCUACGAGUGUGAGGACUUCUCGAUCGGCAUAUUCUGCUUGCCGGCGUCGGCGCGCAUACCGCUGCACAACCACCCGGGUAUGACGGUGCUGUCGAAGCUGCUGUACGGCUCCAUGCACAUCCGCUCCUUCGACUGGGUGCGCCCCAUUGAUGACGCCGCCUCCUCCGCCGCCCUCGCCACCGCUGCUGCUGCUGCGUCUGCUGCCGCUGCUGCUGCUGCCACGUCUGCUUCUGCGACGCCUGAUGCGCGGCUAGCGGAGUUGGUGGAGGACCAGGUGCUGACAGCGCCGUGUGCCACGGAGGUGCUGCACCCCACGUGCGGGGGCAACCUGCACGCCUUCACUGCUGUCACGCCCUGCGCCGUGCUGGACGUGCUCGCCCCGCCGUACAAUGCCGACGCCGGCCGCCACUGCAGCUACUUCCAUGAGCUCUCCUCGCUCAGCGCGCUCCCCCCAGGGGUGAACGGGGAGAGGGGCAAUCCGUUCUGCUGGCUGGAGGAGUUUCAGCCGUCAGAUGACUUUGUCGUGCAACGGGGACACUACCGCGGCCCCAAGGUGUGCCCUUCCUUCCUUGCCUCUUCCAAACUCUUUAUUGCUCGUUUCCCUUCCUUCCCGCCUCUUCUGCCCUCUUCUUACCUCUUCACCCCGCAUCUCCCCUCCCCGCUUCUCCGCUAA